UUAAGGGCCGGUUCUCCUCGGUAUCUGACUUCCCGCGCCUGGCUCUGUGGCCCUGGCCUCUGCUUGGCGAGGGCCAGGGUACAAGUGACAUUACCGGAUACCCGCGAGGUGCCAUACGAUUGGUUCCCUCUUCCCACCUUGGCUGCUCCCCAGGCUGUCACAAAACUCCUGAAUGUAGUGGGUUUCAGCCCAAACCUUCCACAGCCAGCUCAAGCAUCAACCUCUGAAUGGCCCAGGAUAGAAGUGGAAUUACUAGUCAAAGGACACUCAGAUUUGGGAGAAGUGACCUCAGAAAUAAAAGCGUCAGAGAGACAAACCGCUGUGGCAAUUGCAGAUUUGGAAUGGAGAGAAAUGGAAGGAGAUGACUGCGGGUUUCAUUAUGGAGAUGGUACAAAUGAGGCUCAGGAUAAUGAUUUCCCAACAGUGGAGAGAAGCAGGCUUCAGGAAAUGCUGUCCCUGUUGGGACUGGAGACAUACCAGGAGCAGAAGCUCAGUCUUCAGGACUCACUGCAGAUCAGUUUUGACAGCAUGAAGAACUGGGCCCCUCAGGUUCCCAAGGACCUUCCUUGGCAUUUCCUCAGAAAGCUACAGGCCCUCAAUGCUGAAGCCAGAAACACCACGAUGGUACUGGACAUCCCUCUGGACACGCGGCCUGCAGAGAAGGAGAGCCAAAUGGAGGAAGAGAUGAUCUACUGGGACCCAGCUGAGGAUAUCACUGCUGAUGACAUCUAUUCUUUCUCUGAGCUCCCAACGCCUGACACACCUGUGAACCCCCUGGACCUCCUCUGUGCCCUCCUGCUGUCCUCAGAUAGCUUUCUACAGCAAGAGGUCAUGCUGAAGAUGUCUCUCUGCCAGUUUGCACUCCCGCUUGUGUUACCUGACUCUGAAAACCACUACCACACCUUUCUGCUGUGGGCCCUGCGGGGCGUUGUACGGACGUGGUGGUUCCAGCCCCCCCGGGGACUGGGCAGCUUCCGGGAGGACAGUGUGGUCCUGUCCAGGGUGCCCACUUUUGCUUUUGUGCGCAUGGAUGUCAGCAGUAACUCCAAGUCCCAACUGCUCAAUGCCAUCCUUAGCCCGGGUUGCCGGCAGUGGGACUGCUUCUGGCAUCGGGACCUCAACUUGGGUACGAAUCCCCGGGAGAUUGCAGAUGGAUUGGUAGAAAUUUCCUGGUUUUUCCCUAGUGGCAGGGAGGACCUGGAUGUCUUCCCAGAGCCCAUGGCCUUUCUGAACUUGAGAGGUGACAUUGGGUCUCACUGGCUGCAGUUUAAGUUCUUGAGCGAAGUUUCCUCAGCUGUGUUUAUUCUGACUGACAACAUCAGUAGGAAGGAAUACAAACUGCUGUACUCCAUGAAGGAGUCGAGCACGAAGUACUAUUUCAUCCUGAGUCCGUACCGAGGGAAGAGGAACACAAACCUGCGGUUCCUGAACAAGUUGAUCCCCGUGCUGAAGAUAGACCACUCGCAUGUUCUGGUGAAGGUCAGCAGCACAGACAGUGAGAGCUUUGUGAAGAGGAUCCGAGCGAUCAUGAGCAGUGUAGCUCGGUCGCCCUGCAGGAGGAUAUCAGUGGAGGAAAUGGCCCAUGCUGCCCGUAAAUUGGGCCUCAGAGUCGAUGAGGACUGUGAGGAGUGUCAGAAGGCAAAGGACCGGAUGGAGAAAAUCACUAGGAAGAUCAAGGACGUGGAUGUCUACAGGAGGGACGAACUGAGGCUGCAGGGGGAUCCUGGGAGGAAGGCAGCCCAAGUGGAGAGGGAGUUGUGCCAGCUCCAGUGGGCUGCAGACCCACCCGAGAAACACCGAGCUGAGCUGAGGCGGCGGUUUCUGGAGCUCAGAAUGCAGCAGAAUGGCCAGGAUCCUGCCUCUGGGGUGCAGGAGUUCAUCGCUGGGAUCAGCAGCUCCUCCCCCAGCGAAAGGCAGUACUUCCUGAGGUGGAUGGAAUGGGGCUUGGCACGAGUGGGCCAGCCCCGGCCAAGGCAGCCCCCGGAGACAUUCCUUACCUUGAGACCAAAGCUUGGUGGGGCCUCCGAUUUUAGUGAGCAGCUUUGGCCUGAGCCCCUGGGAGUGGAGCACUUCCUUCGGGAGAUGGGGCAGUUUUAUGAGGCUGAGAGCUGCCUUGUAGAAGCAGGGAGGCUGCUGGCUGGCCAGAGGCGUUUUGCACACUUUCCAGGCCUAGCUGUGGAGCUGCUACUGAUAGGGCAACCCUUGGAGCUGGUUGAUGGAGGCACCCUGAGUAUCCCUGUCCGCUGGGUCACUGGGCUCCUCAAGGAGCUGCAUGUCCAUCUGGACAGGAGGUCCCGGCUGGUCGUUCUGUCCUCCCUGGGGGUUCCAGGCACAGGGAAAUCCACACUUCUCAACACCAUGUUUGGCCUGCGCUUUGCCACAGGGAGGAGCUGUAGUCCUCGGGGCGCCUUCAUGCAGCUCAUCACGGUGGCAGAGGGCUUCAGCCAGGAUCUUGGCUGUGACCAUAUUCUGGUGAUAGACUCUGGAGGGCUGAUUGGGGGGGCCUCAGCCUCUUCGGGGGAUAGAUUUGAGCUGGAGGCUUCCUUGGCCACACUGCUAAUGGGGCUAAGCAAUGUCACUGUGGUCAGUUUAGCUGAAACAAAGGACAUGCCGCCAGCUAUUCUGCAUGCGUUUGUGAGGUUGGAAAAAACAGGGCACAUGCCUAACUAUCAAUUUGUGUACCAGAACCUUCAUGACAUGUCUGUCCCCAGCCCCAAGCCUAGAGACAGGAGGCAGCUCCUGGAUCCACCUAGUGAUCUGAGCAGAGCCGCUGCCCAGAUGGAGAAGCAGGGUUGUAGCUUUCGGACACUGGCGGGCAUGGCCUUCUGCAACCCCGAGAGACAGCAUGUGUGGCAUGUCCCAGCCCUAUGGCAUGGGGCCCCGCCCAUGGCUGCUGUGAGCCUAGGGUACAGUGAAGCCAUUUUUGAAUUGAAGAGAUGCCUGCUAGAAAACAUCAGGAAUGGCCUGUCUAACCAAAACAAAAACAUUCAACAGCUCAUUGAGCUGGUGCGGCGGCCGUGAGUGGGUGUGGGCCCCAUGGCAGCAGCCUGGUCUGACAAGGCCAACAGGGCUGUGCCAGGUACCAGAGAGAUGGCUGGUAUUUGCUGCAUGUGAGAAGGAAGAGCAAUGAAAUGGAUUAGGAGUCUUCUUAUAGUAUUAAGCAAAGAAGUAACCUCAUAGACCAGCUCAGAAACAUCAGGAGUAUCAAAGGUCCUAGAUGGGGUGACAAUAGGCAGGCCCUAUCAGGGCUCAGCGGGUUGGCCCUCUUGGCUUCUGGAGUGGGGAAUAGCUUCUUUAGUCACUGCAGGACCUGGCUGGAAGGUACAUAUCCAGUGCACAUUAGGGUUUGUCCUGAGACAGGGGACACCCAACCCAAGGACCCUUGGUAAAUUAGUAGUCAAGGUUUUGGUAGUGCAACUGCCCACAAUGUGCAAGACAUUGCCAUGGCACUGUGUUUUGGGACUGGUCUGUGAAGCCCUCCCUGACCCUUGCCCAGAAAGCAUUCACCGGUCAUCCUGUUGUGUCCCAGCACUGUCAUACCUCUGCCUCAGAACUUCAUGGCGCGUUAUCACUUGUGUGUUUACUGUCUGCCCCAGACUGUGAGCUCCUUGAGGGCAGGGAUUGAACAUCAUCUAGCUCUGUGUCCCUAGGAUCUGGCACAUGUAGGCGCUUAAUAAAUGUUUGUUCAAUGAA